AUGAGCGCGGACCGGUGUAUACGUGUCUUAUGCUUCCAAUCUUCUGUUAAACACACGGGCGGUACGAUGCGGAAGCGAGUGCUGUGGAAAGAGUUCCUCAUACUCUUCCGGAUAUCAUUGGUCACUUCUAUUCCUCCUAACGAGACUUUCAAUCUCGCAAGGUACUAUGAGGCACGAUUAGACGUUCAACUAUUGGAUGACCCGAAGAAGAGAACAUAUUUUAUAGCUGCGGAAACGAAAGAAGAAGCUGUCAAUAAAUUCUCCACUAUAUCUUCUAACUGUUCAUUGCUCAGUGACGUCGAAGUGUAUUCUUGUAAAGAAGGAGAAAAAUUUUGUGAUUUUCCAAAUAACCCAACCUUCAAAACGUACAAGUUCGAAGAUGAAUGUGAAUGCUACGUAGAUUCCUGUGAUAGAGACUCCAACUCAACAGAUUCAAUGAUUCUCUAUCCAGGAUGUUUUUGUGAACCUCGAGAAAUGCAGUGCGACUUUCAAGGUUCCUGUCCCCACUGGACCCAAAAAAGUGAUCACGAUGCAUUGGUGUUCAAAACAUGGCCAAUGAAAAAAGAGAAGAAUCCACAGCCAACGUUUGAACAAUUCAUUCAAGCUGGCGACGAACAUGCUGUCCUACACCGAAAAACAGUUUCGUUAUACAGCAGCAAAUUCUUCCGCCAGAGUGGUUUUAAUUGCUCUCUGAAUUUCAAGCAUCACUUCACCCAUCAAUCCACGUCCUCUCGGCUUGUUGUGAAGGCUCUUAUGAAAAAUACCACAAAGUCAUCGAAAACGUUGUAUGAAUAUACGGAAAAACGAGAAAAAAUAGCGUGGGAAAAUGCAUUUGUAGCAAUCGGAUCUUACUCCGAGCCGUUCAAGAUAACAAUCGACUGUGAAACAGGAUCGAGAAAAAAGAAGAACUACACAGAGAAAGUUUUCGCAUGUGGUCUUGCCGAAAUUGCAUUUGAAGAUUGUGCAGACAUCAGGAACCCCAAGGAACAAUGCUCUCGUGGCGAUCAGUUUUUAUGUACGACGAAUAGAAACACAAAAUGUUUGAAAGAUGCACAAUGUGACUUGAAAAGAGAUUGUAGCGAUGGAUCGGAUGAAAUGAAUUGCGGCUCCGUGGUUGGAACCAUGUGCAACUUCGAAAGCCCUGAUGGUUUCUGUGAUGGAUGGCUUCAGACAACAAGGAUCAUUGGCCCUACGCAAAAACUAUUCGAGCCGACAACAGUUGCUCCGAGCAAUAAAAUAGAGGAAAAACCAAGUAUCCUUCUCAAAAAGAGAGCACCUUCCACAAGAAUUAAAGAGGCAAGGAAGGGAUCUGGUCAAAUGCUUGUUUACGAUUAUCUAGAAGUUCAAGACCUCUCUAGAAGACGUUCAGUGCUACAAUCUCCGGCUUUUCCCAGAACUAAUCCGGCUGCAUAUGAUCAUAAUAGUCCGAUGUUUGAAACGUGCACACUCCGCUUUUACGUUUGUAGUCGUGCGUAUCCAAAAACCUGGGAAAUCGCAAUCAUCUCCAAAUCUGGAAAUCCAUUCGACAGUGGUAGAACUGUAUUAUACGAAGGCAAAUAUGAUCCAAAUACUGUAGCGACCAUGGACAGCAAUCAACCAAUUUGUAAGUGGGAGCGCGUUCUCCUCACUGUUCCUAGACAGAAUGCCGGAUUUCGUUUGGGAAUUUUCGUUGACAACCUUCACAUGGAAGACGUUUUUGCAAUUGAUGAUUUGUCUUUUAGUCCAUCUUGCUUCGAAAAAUCUAUAAACGAAUCCACGUGGGAAAUUCCUGAUUUGACUAUUUCUACUUGUGGUACUUCCGGAUCUAAACAACCAGAUACAGAAUUAUGUAAAAAGGAAAGAGAACUAGAUGGGCAGACGGGACAUUUUUUGAAAGAAGAUGGUAGUCAAGAAUGGACAGUUCCUGUUGAAGGAUUCUACCGCAUCGAUGCAUGUGGUGCUGGUGGAGGUUCCACUUCUGCGACCAAUGGUGAACCAGGAGAUUGCAUCACUCUUCAGGUACAUCUGAUGGAGAACAUUGCUCUUCGAAUGAUAGUCGGUCAAGUAGGAGAGAGUGCAUGCUUGAUUGAACACGAAGAUGAAUUCCAUUCCACUUCUUGCUCUAAAAACUCUGAAAUCGCGAGACGAGAUAAUGAUGGAGGAGCAGGUGGAGGUGGAGCAACUCUAAUUAAAGUUGAAUCAGAUCAAUGGAAUGUGGUUAUUGGUGGAGGAGCUGGAGCAUCUUGGAUUGAUGAACACGAGGAAGAAAUUGAUAAUGCUGGUUACGGAGCGUCUGUAAUUCCAGUAGAUUUUGAUGAAAAGUGUAAUGUGACAUGUGUAUCAGUGACCCAAACUGACUUCCUGGCGGAAACUCGGAAUCGUUGUCCGAUUGACAUAAAUGGGGAAAAGGAUUAUUCUACGGUUUAUGGUGGUUUCGGAGGCGGAGGAAUUUCGUGUGGUAUUUUGGGUGGCGGUGGUGCUGGAUACAAAGCUGGAAAUCCAUUUGGAAAAGGAAGAGAACGAAGUGGAACUAGCAAUGUAACCGAUAACUUCUCCAAGAAUGUUUUGUAUUUCCAAUCGAACAAAGUUGAAGAGGGAUAUAUCAAAAUCAAAUUUUGUCGGAAGCAGUGCGCCAAGCCAUCAAUAUGCCGAUUCCGCAAAAAUUAUUAUGUUGAAGAAUACUGUGCUUGUCCAGAUGGAUCUAAUUUCACAGAUACUCCGGAUGCUUGUGCAUGUCCCUUGGAUUGUCCUGCUUCAUCCACUUGUCAAUAUCGAAACUUCACUUUUGAGCCGUUUUGUCAAUGUAACAAUGGAAAGUUCCUUGAUGAUUUUUCAAUUGAGUUUUGUGAAGAAUCUCCACCCUGGACAUGGUACAAUUACGUAUUCCUGAUGUUUUUAAUUUUCAUGAUUAUUGUUUCCACUGGUAUCGUUUUUUAUUAUCAGAAGAAGCAAAAAAAGAUGUCAGAGAAGCUAGUGGAACUAAAGGAGAUUAACAAGGCUCAGGCGGAUCUUUAUCAAGCUGGCUUUAACUAUACGGAUCUCGUUUUCUGUGGUGAGAAAAGAGAAGAAGCUGUGCGAGGGUUGCCGAACAUUUCGAGAGAUGAAAUUGCAUUAGGAAUAAUUCUUGGAAAAGGACACUUUGGAGAAGUUUGUUAUGCAGAAAUUGAUGGAAUCAGGGUGGCCGUCAAGAAGAUUUCGACGGCUUUUAAAACCAGCCAAGCUGCACAAGCAGAUUUCUGUAAUGAAGCGCUUUGCAUGGGAACUUUCACACAUGAAAAUAUAGUCAGUCUAAUUGGAAUCGAUUUCGAGACUGUUCCGUUUAUGCUGGCGAUUGAGUUUAUGGAAGGAGGAGAUUUGCUGUCAUUUGUGAAAGAUUCGCGUCCAAAUCACCAAUCUUUGAAUCCAUUGCAUUUAAGAAUGGCUGAUCUGGUGGCAGUCUGUCGUGACGUGGCAGCUGGGUGUGAAUGUCUGGAAGGAUUCAAAUAUGUUCAUAGAGAUAUCGCUGCUAGAAACAUUCUGUUAACAACGAGAGGUCCUGGAAGAGUUGCCAAAAUUGCAGACUUUGGAAUGGCCAAGGAAAUAAAAAACGAUAACCUAUACUAUCGUGUUCAUGGGCGUGCAGUGUUACCCAUCAAAUGGACUCCUCCAGAAUCAUUUAUCGAUGGUGUCUUCACAACACAAUCUGAUGUUUGGAGUUUUGGGAUUCUGUGUUGGGAAGUUUUCUCUCUCGGCGUUGUACCAUAUCCAAAUAGAAGAAAUGAGGAAGUGAUGUUGAUGUUGACGGAAGGUGCUCGUCUGGAAUACCCGUAUGGAAUACCAACUAAAGUAUACCGGAUGAUGCGAGCCUGUUGGAGAACCCCUCCUGAUGAGAGACCAUCGUUCAAGCAAGUUGUGGAAUGCCUCAGAGAGAUACUCGAUGAUUCAUCCUCCGCUGGAAUGCCUUUCCCAAUUCAUCCAGCAGUUCGAGCAAGUUUCGCUCACUCUCAAUCUACUCCAGUUUCCGUGGAGACUCCGAUGACAGCAAUCACUGAUAUCUCUCUGAACAGUACAUUUACUGAUGCGUCAACAGUGAAAAUUUCAACUUCUCAGCAAGAAAUGCAAGAUCGAAUGGAAUUACAUGAAAUGAUGCUGCAAAGAGAGAAACCAUACACAUCAGACAUGACAUCAUGCGUCGUGGAUAGUCUCCGUAAAGAUCUUGCAAGAGCUGAAUAUGAAACUGGAAUGACAUCCGUCCCUCAACCACAGUAUUUGUCCCCUCAAAGCAUUGAUGAAUCGGAACAAUUGAUUCCGGAUAGUAACACAGUUAUUGAACAGACUCCCCCGACUUCUCUAAUCGAUCUAAACAGAUUGGCAGUACAAAAUACGGGCCCCACACUCCAUCGUCCAGAUUCUCUCAACUUCAACGACCCCUACAGCAGUUCGAUUCCAUUGUUAGAAUGUCAAACCAGAUAA